CAACAUCGACCCGGAAGAAGAGAUGUUUUUGAAAUUCAUGUUAUGAGAACACGAAUCCUGCAAACUGCUGCAAGCACUAAUGUCAACGUUGGCCAAGACAAUGUCUAAGUUCCGUCUGGCAGUGGUCCAGCUACACGUGACCAAGGUCAAAGCUGACAACCUCUCUAGAGCCCGGGGGCUGAUCAGCGAAGCAGCUGGACAUGGGGCCAAAGUGGUGGUCUUACCUGAGUGCUUCAACUCCCCCUAUGGGACUGGCUUCUUCCCUGAGUAUGCAGAGAAGAUCCCUGGAGAAUCCAGCCGGGCUCUGUCAGAGGCAGCCAAGGAGAGCCAGGUGUAUCUGGUGGGAGGCUCCAUCCCUGAGGAGGAUGAUGGAGGGAAGCUGUAUAACACGUGUCCAGUGUUUGGACCUGACGGCAGCCUGGUGCUCAAACACAGGAAGAUCCACCUAUUUGACAUCGACGUUCCAGGGAAGAUCCGUUUCCAGGAGUCGGAGACACUGAGCCCAGGGAGCAACCUGUCAGUGUUCGACACACCAUACUGCAGGGUGGGUGUGGGGAUCUGCUAUGACAUGAGGUUUGCAGAGCUGGCCCAACUCUACGCUAAGAAAGGAUGUCAGCUGUUGGUCUACCCUGGAGCAUUCAACAUGACCACCGGGCCGGCCCACUGGGAACUGCUGCAGAGAGGAAGGGCGGUUGAUAACCAGGUGUACGUGGCCACAGCUUCCCCUGCCAGAGAUGAGACAGCCUCCUACGUGGCCUGGGGUCACAGCACUGUCGUUAGCCCCUGGGGAGAGGUGAUAUCUAAGGCAGGGUCUGAAGAGGCUGUUGUUUACGCAGACAUUGACCUGCAGUAUUUGGCCAACGUUCGUCAACAGAUCCCCAUCACAGCCCAACGCCGCAGUGACAUCUACACAGUGAACGCAGUGCAGGAGGGAUGAACUUUAACCCCUGAACCCUGACCUCUUAGCUAUGAUACAAACUGAGCCAAUCUGAGCCAAUCAGGAGUUACAGUAAACAGACCUGUCUAUUCUUGGUGUGAAACACAUGCCUCUGUAAUGUGGAGAAAUUGAUGGAUGAAGAAUAUGAGUGUUGGCUACACAGCUGUUCGUGCCUACAAUACAUGAUUCAGCUGUGACUGACAAUGCAGUAGUAGUAGUAGUAGCAGUAGCAGUAGCAGUAGUAGUGGUGGUAGUGGUAGUAGUAGUAGUAGUAGGAGUAGUAGUAGUAGUAGUAGUAGUAGUAAUAGUAGCAGCAGCAGUAGUAGUAGUAGUAGUAGUAGUAGUGGUAGUAGUAGUAGUAGUAGUAGUAGUAGCGGUAGUAGUAGUAGUAGUAGUAGUAGUAGUAGCAGCAGAAGCUGUGGAAUCAGUGAGAUAUUCUGUCACAAUCACUAAUCACUAAUCAGUAAAUGCAGUCAGAGGUGAUUUUGAAGGUGUGUGUAAUAAAGCACAUCAUCUUAGAUGGACCCAUCUUACACCACAGGAUGCCCUCUAAUUUACACAAAGCUUUAUAUUCUUUGUAUAACACGUCUCAUCAGUUCCCAAAUCUACAUUCAAAUAAAUCUAGUUGAAUUCAA